AUGUCUUCAUCUGUUAUUGAUUUAGCCAAAAGAGCUGGUAAUCAGGCCGUUAACAUUAACAAACCAACUGGUACUGAUUUCCACAUUAACUCAAGAGGUUCCGAUUGGUUCUUCUCAGCUAUGUGUGUCUUCAUAGUUAUUACCGGUUUAUUAAUUGUUUUGAUGUUCCGUAAGCCAGUUAACGAAAGAGUUUUCUACUACACUGCUAUUGCUCCAAAUUUGUUUAUGAUUAUCAACUAUUUCACUUUAGCUUCUGAUUUGGGUUGGGCUCCAGUGAAAGCCAAGUACAACCAUUUUAGAACUGCUGACCAAAAGACUGUUCCAGGUACUAGACAAAUCUUUUACGCUCGUUACAUUGGUUGGUUUUGUGCUAUGCCAUGGCCUAUUAUCCAAAUGGGUUUGAUUUCUACUACCCCAUGGCCACAAACCAUUUUCAAUGUUGCUAUGACUGAAGUUUAUGUCAUUUGUAUGUUGAUUGGUUCUGUUGUUCACUCUACUUACAAGUGGGGUUACAUGGGUUUCGGUAUGGCUGCUUCCUAUAUUGCUUGUACUUCCUUGAUGACCACUUCUAGAAACUUGGCUAUAAAAUUGGGUAAGGAUGUUUUUACCUUUUUCGAAGUUUCCAUGGGUAUCAUCAUGUCCAUUUGGUUUAUUUACCCAGUUUGUUUUGGUGUCAGUGAAGGUGGUAAUGCUAUUUCUCCAGAUGCUACUGGUAUCUGGUAUGGUAUUUUGGAUUUGAUCUGGUUAAGUUUCUUGCCAGCUGGUGUUGCUGUUGUUGCUGCUGCUAACUUUUCCUUGGACAGAUUACAAUUGACUAAGGCUCCAGCUGUUGCUCCAGCUGCUUUGCCAGCCUCUAGAUCGAUGUCUUCUAUUGCUUCUGCUAAGUCUGCUAAGUCUGCUAAAUCUGCCAAAUCUGCUAAGUCUGCCAAGUCUGCUAAGUCUACGAAAUCUAAGAAAAGCAAGGGUAAGAAGAGCAAGAAAUAA